CCACACUUCCAAAAACACUUUAAAAGGCUCGGGAUAGCACCAGAAUUCCCACAUGAAUGAUAUCACACCUUUACCUCAAUAAAUCGUCCUAGGAGCGGACACCCAGAACAGAAAAGUCUCACAGUUCUUUCCACUGGGAUGGUUUCCAUUGAUCAUCCAUAUGCACAGCGCAGCCUCUGGUUAACUGCUCCGUUUUUAUUUAUAUACUAAUUUAAUAUGGCAUUCACAGACUUGUCAAGUAGUGUUUUACUCGGAUGUGUUAUCAUUUUUUCCACCGGGCUCUAUCCUGUCGACUCUUACCUCUACAACAACCGCUACUUCGGUGAUCAAGUGUUGAGAAUAAUCCCCAGCAGCGACACAGAGGUUCAAGCAGUCAAACAGCUUUUCCAAAACCUGACGGUGGACCUUUGGAAGCCCAACAGUGCAUAUCUGAUUCAAGAGAACAGCACAGUAGAUGUUCACGUGGGACGGAACAAGACACAAUGGCUAAGAAGACGUCUUCGCCAAGCACACAUUCACUAUGAGGUGCUCAUUUCCAAUCUCCAAACCGAAAUUGAGAAACAGAUCGGACACCAAACCUCCAGGAAGCGCAGAUCAGAAUUCCAGUAUGACUAUGAAGUGUACCAUCCUUUGGAAGACAUCCAGAGUUGGAUGUUUGAGACGAACCGGACACACCCACAGCUGGUGGAGCUGUUUUCUAUUGGUCAGUCCUAUGAAGGAAGGCCCCUCUAUGUUCUCCAGUUAGGAAAGAGAACACGUCCUUCUAAGAAGGCAGUGUGGAUAGACUGUGGAGUGCAUGCAAGAGAAUGGAUUGGUCCAGCUUUCUGCCAAUGGUUUGUGAAAGAGGCGCUGAACUCCUAUCAACACGACUCCAGCAUGAGACGGCUGAUGAAUCAGCUCAAUUUCUACAUUAUGCCUGUCUUCAACGUGGAUGGUUACCAUUACAGCUGGGAGACGGAUCGCUUUUGGCGGAAAACUCGGUCAAAGAUUCCAAAGUAUCAUUGUCGGGGAGUGGAUGCCAAUCGAAAUUGGAAAGUCAAAUGGAGCAAUGAGGGUGCAUCCCUGCACCCCUGCGAUGACACGUACUGCGGUCCCUUUCCUGAGUCUGAGCCUGAGGUCAAAGCUGUUGCCAAGUUUCUGCGCAAACACAGGAAACGUGUCAAAGCCUACAUCUCUAUUCAUGCCUAUGCUCAGAUGCUCCUCUAUCCGUAUUCCUACAAAUAUGCCACUAUACCAAACUUCAACUGUGUGGAAUCGGCAGCUCAGAAUGCAGUGAGUGCUCUAUACUCAGCUUAUGGAGUGAGAUACAGACACGGCCCUGCCUCCACCACACUUUAUAUGAGUUCUGGUAGCUCAAUAGACUGGGCCUACAAGAAUGGGAUACCUUACGCCUUUGCCUUUGAGUUGCGUGAUACAGGCUACUUCGGCUUCCUGCUGCCAGAAGCCCUUAUUAACCCAACUUGCACAGAGACCAUGAGAGCAGUAAAGACCAUCGCUUCAGGCCUACUGAAGAAAUGUACCAAAUGAAACAUUCUCUUUCUUCCUUUGUCUUGUCUUUUCUUCACUCUAUCAAUUUCACACCCAUAAGCCAUAGCAAUGUCUUUGUACAAAUGUGCCUGCAUUUUAUAUAUAUUUUUAAGUUAGUAACUAAGAUUUAUUUCAUAAGCUACUUUAAAGAAGCAUGCAAGCACUUGAAUUGUGAACUAAAGCUUCCUCAGAAGUGGAUUUUACUAAUGAGGCGAAUACACAGUGAGCACUUGCUGCACAGACAAGCUUCAAAAAAAGAACAGUAAUGCACAUAGAAUGUAAAUAAUGCAUACUGUUAGCUUAAAAUGGGUUCAUUUUACUGUACAUGCUGUGUGUAGUUGUGUAUCACAGCAGCUAAAAUACAGCUUUGCUUUUGUUUUGAAAUGGUUCAGAAAAGGUCACCUG